AUGGCAGAGAGCGAAGCAGAUAUCAUCGUUGUAGGAGGGGGAACGGCGGGUUUGAUUACUGCUGGCCGUUUGGCUCAGGCUAAACCGGACCUCUCGAUAUUGGUGAUUGAGGCGGGAGCCAAUUCUCGAGGUAACCCGAUGGUGGUCAACCCAGCGAUAUACCUUUCGCAUAUCGCGCCGACGUCAACGGUCGCCAAGUUCUACAAAUCCAAGCCCAGUGAUUACCUUGCAGGACGAGAGGCCAUUGUCCCGACUGCUAACAUUCUUGGAGGAGGCAGUUCCAUAAAUUUCAUGGUCUAUGCCAGGGCCCAAGAAGUAGAUUUUGAUGAUUGGAACACAGAAGUUCUGAUACCUAACUCUUUGCAAUGCUCGUCAUGUCAGAUCGAGCGAUUCCAAGAUAGAGAUCCCGAAAUAGAUAAAUCUAUCCAUGGCUACAACGGGGAGCUGAGCGUUUCGGCGGGAGGGACAUACGUGCAGGACUCGUUCCAGAAAGAUUUCUUCAAAGCUUGUGAAGAGAUUGGUAUCAAGAAGGUUCCAGAUGUACAAGAUUUCAAGACGGCAAAUGCUGUUGGACGAUGGAAUAUGUGGAUCGAUGAGAAAACCGGCUUGCGGCAAGAUGUGCCUCACAAUUUCCUCUUCCCGAUCCUAGAUGCCGGGAACACGAAGCUCAAGGUCCUCACCGACUCGACGGUAAAACGAGUCCUCUUUGAUGAAUCCAGCCGAGCAUCUGGCGUUGAAUAUGUUCCUACGGCAGACCCUUCAGCAGAUCCGAUUGUAGCACGCGCGAAGAAACUCGUCGUGGUUGCAGCCAAUGCGCUGGGUUCUCCCCAAGUCCUGCAGAGGUCUGGAAUUGGUAAUAAAUCGAAACUUGAAGCUCUAGGCAUUCCAGUGGUUUCUGAUUUGGAUGGGGUGGGGAGCAACUAUCAGGAUCACAAUGCUGUCUUUUAUCCAUAUUCCUCAAAAGCAACAGCAGAAGAAACACUAGAUGGGCUACUCACAGGCCGCCUCCCUUUCAAAAAAGCAGUGGAGCAAAAGGCUGCCAAUCCCGAGCGCCACCUGCUUGGGUGGAAUGGCCUCGACUGCUUCGGAAAGCUUCGGCCCACUGAAGCAGAAGUUCAGGAAUUUGGCCCAGCAUUAAGGGAAGCAUGGGAUAAGGACUUCCGUUACAGGGAAACUCGGCCGUUGAUGCUUAUGUGCACAAUUGCGGCGAAUCUAGCAAGAAAAGGACCACCAGUCGAAGGACAAUAUUUUUCCAUGGCUGCGUAUACCGCGUACCCAUACUCACGAGGGUCGAUCCACAUUACGGGCAAAUCAGUCACCGAUAUUCCAGAGUUUGAUGCCGGCUUUCUCAACCACCCUGCGGAUGUAAUAAAGCUGAUAUGGGCAUAUAAAAAGCAACGGGAAAUCGCGCGAAGACUGUCAUAUUACAACGGUCCCCACAGUAUUGGUCAUCCCAUAUUUCCGCCCGGAUCAAAGGCAGACCCCGAGAUAGUCGACGCAGCUUCUAAAGCCCAGGGAUACCCAGCGCCGAUAGAAUACUCUGAAGCAGACAACAAGGUCAUUGAACAGUUCAUCCGCGAGAAUCUCACCACUACAUGGCAUAGUAUGGGCACCUGUGCGAUGAAGCCAAGGGAGCAUGGGGGAGUGGUAGAUCAAGAUUUAAAUGUCUAUGGUGUUAAAAACUUGAAAGUCGUGGCAAACACGUACUCAACGGCGCUUGCUGUUGGGGAGAAAGCUGCGAGCAUUAUCGCGAGGGAGUUGGGAAUCUCCGCGUAUUCAAGUGGAUUCUGA